AUGCAGGAUAAUACGGUGGUGUGGAAACAGUACCUGCGUGAUGUCCUUAGCGAGUCCAUCGAAGAGCCUUCAGUGGUUCUAAUGAACAACUUUGAGUGCCAUGUCUAUGACGAGUCGUACAAGAUCAUACAUGAAGAACUUGGCUCCCACCUUUGUGCGCUGUCGCCGAACGCAACCUCGAAAAAAGUUCGACGCGCCCGGAACUCGAACCUGGGGCUCACUCAAGACACACAACUGGUUUAA